AUGCAGCACAACGCAACCAGGCUUUGAUUUUGCCACGUGGUGUUUGCGUCAUCACUCCGCGCCAGUCUGAGACUCAGCGGCAUGUAAACACAGAUGAGUGGCAUGGAUCAAACUGCUUUAGACCUUGUUAAGGUUCAUGGAGGUGGAGGGUAUGACUCAGAUUUCAGUGAUGAUGAUGGUGGUGGAGGGCAGUCCAGAAAUGGCGAGAAUAGGGCGGCUAAAGACGAGCUCUUACAGAAGCCAUUCCAGAAAGGAAAACACACCAAGGUGGCCCAUAAAAAUGUUGCUGCUCAUGAAUGGGACAGAGAGGAAGCCAGAAAUCGACGGCAACACCUGAUAUCAAUGAACGCUUUUGAACGUCACAAGAAGUUUGUCAGCGACUACGUUCUGUACUAUGGAGGGAAGAUUGAGGAGUUCAGGCGAUCCACGUCUAAAGACAAGACCGAUCUGGAUGUGGUGAGAGAGAACCACCGUUUCCUGUGGAGAGAGGAGGAUGAGGAGGAUAUGACAUGGGAGAAAGAGCUUGCGAAGAAAUACUACGAUAAGCUCUUCAAGGAAUACUGUAUUGCUGACCUCAGCAGAUACAAAGAAAAUAAGUUUGGAUUUCGGUGGCGUGUCGAAAAUGAAGUAAUAUCUGGAAAAGGCCAGUUCCUCUGCGGAAACAAGCGCUGUGAGAAUAAGGAGGGUCUGAAGAGCUGGGAGGUGAAUUUUGCCUAUGUGGAGCAGGGGGAGAAGAGGAACGCCCUGGUGAAGCUGCGUCUGUGUCCAGAGUGUUCCUUUAAACUAAACUAUCAUCACAAGAGAAAGGAAGUAACAGUGAAGAAGAGACGGCGAUCAAAAGAGAACGUGGACAAGUCACUGUCAAAGACAUCCAAAUCAUCCAGAAAGCACAAGCGCAAAGACAAACGCAAACACAAAAAGAGGCGCAAAGAGUACUCAUCUUCAAGUUCAGAGGAGUCCCAGGGUUCAGAUAAAGAUGAAGAAGAGGAAGAGGGUCCUUCAGAGUCAGACCACUGGAGGGGUCCAGCGCCCACCGUGGAGGAGAAGUCACGGGAGGAAGAGUUUGAAGAGUAUUUUGAAGACAUGUUUCUCUGAGUCGAGGAAAGGAAGAUCCAAAAGAAUCUCAUGCCUACUGUUUUCUUUUAUUCCGGUUAGCUUUGUUUUUGAGAGGUAUAGUUUGAUUUACAAUUUGGUGAUUUGUACAUUUUUGGUAGUAAUUUCUACUGGGUUUCAUUCAAGUGUAAAAAUGUUCAUGUGAAGAAUUUUAUACAUGUGUUUGUUUGAAGGCCUUAUUCAUAAAACAUUAUCUCAUUUUG